AUCAGUAUGUAGGGCCAUUUCUGAGCCGGUCCUACGACACGGACGGGCCUGUAUCGAUCCCAGCCCCACCCCAGCACCACCACAUGGCCACUGGCCAAUCCCCUACCCAAUUACAACCCAUAGCCUCGCAUUUGACAACCCAGGUGCCCACUCCAUCCAGUGCUCCUAGUGGAGCCAGCCAUUCCCAAAGCCCUUUGCCUCUGGGAUAUGCCGCUAAUAUAGAACCCACUCUUGGUCGGGAAUACCUGAAUGAAUACGGAGAGACUUAUAAACCACUUGCGCCAAAGAAGAACUCCAAACCGCGGAUUAAGAAGUUGGAUAAGUCGGGCUCUGUGCAGAAGGAAAAGGGAAGUACCAGGGAGAAUACCGAGCUGGAGCCCUCGGGGGAUGCCGUCUACCAGGAGUUUUUAAGUGCCUUAAGGCUUGAGAAACCCAAUAGUAGUGGGGCUCUGCCAGCAUUUUUUGACGUGGGAAGCGAACUAGAGAAACGGUUGUUUGACUUGUUCAUUCACGAGGUGUCCAAGAGCAUGAACAUGUUCAUGGCUGGGAACUUUUUCCUGGAACUUGUGCCGGAAAUGGCUCUUCUUGAUGAAACAGGAAUGAUCAUGAGCUCGAUGUUCAGUUUAAGUGCCUUGAUGUUGCAGAGAAUCGACCCCGACCUGAUCGAACUGUCUGUUCCCAUUGACUACUACCACCUGACCAUUCAGUCUAUUCUGCACAGUUUGAGCUUACCUAGUGGUGACGACAAUGAGGGAAUCAUUGCUAGGUGUCUUGUGAGCACGAUUCUUUUGGGAGUGUAUGAGAUGUUCUUCUUGGCCACCGACAAUACGUACGUGAAGGGGGCGGUGAGCUUGUUAACGUCCAUAAUUGCCAAGAGUGAUGAUCAAAGUCCCUUGAAAAACUCCCAGUUUCUUCAAAUGUGUUUCUGGGCCAUGUUUAUCUGUGACUUGAUCUUGUCAUUGAAAUUCAAUCUCCCAGCGAUGUUCUCUGUGAAGCAGUUUUGGAUGCAAAUUGAUCCCCAGUUUGUUGAGCAAUUCACAAGCCCCGUGUACCCUGCGAUUAGUCCCAGACCUGAUGAUGUGUUGUUCAUCUCCCAGAAAGAUGCAGUGUGGUGGUUACACAGGGUUCUUUUCGACUUCAGUAUCGCCAAUGAAUUUAACUCUGAAGUGGUGGUUCUCACUGAAAAGGAGUUUAAUACAAAUAAAAGUUUCCAUGAUUGGCUUGCAAUUAACGAGACGCUUGAGGACUUUGAAAGAAAUCUUCCCCAAGCUUUGAAACCGAUUAUCUACAAGCCAAGUUCAAACGAUCCUAAUGACUCGUACUAUCCCACAAUCUACUAUAGGGACGAGUUAGCGGCAAUGAUUGCCUUGCACAUGAAAUUGACUAAGGUAUCGUUGUACCAAGGGCUUCUCCAAAAGACCAACUUGAACUCACCUGAAGUCCAAGGGUAUUUAAAACAGAUUCCACGGAAUCAUGCCAAGUUGCUUGCCAAGGAUGUUAUUGGAAUUCUUCGCACCUAUGAUUUGAAUACGUAUUUGUGGCCUAUCAAUAUCCAUACCAUUAGAUAUGUGUCUCGGUACCUCCAUGACGAUGAGUAUGAGUAUAAGGAGCUUGAAUUUUUCAUGAAAAGAGUGAUAGAGACUUGUCACUUUAUCUUUCAGAGCAAGAAGAUUAUUGGAUAAGACAAAUCUUCUUAGCCACCGAGUUGUGAUAAAAUCUGGGGUUGGUAUACUCCUACAAUAGCACAAAUAGACUUUGUGUAGCUUAUGCUUCUAAGAAAAAAUGAACCACACUGUACUAUUCCAAGAAUUGUUCAAUAACAGAAGCGAUGGUGAAAUAAUAGAUUUUUCAGGUUUGGUAUUAUGACCCAGUGUUGGUUACACACCUAGUGAACCUGACUAACCAAGUGAACUUGUUCAGCAAAUGGUUGCAACAAAAGUUUAAAAACAACUCCGGUCGCAACUGGGGCAAUUGUGUAGUGCACUAUUGGCCAAUUUUGCUGCAAAAUCUACAGACGCUCAAAUUCGUUUGAAACGCUUUGAUAAGUUUAUUUGCAGAGUAGGUUUCUUCUGCUAGCCAAAAUGGAAGAAACGGAGGAUAUGUAUACUGCUUCACAGCUCACUCCAGAACCUAGAGAUUCCAAUCAGGAGCUUGAAGACCAAGCUUAUUUUAAUGAAAGUCUUGGAGAGAAGUUUGAAGUACGCAUCUCUAAGGUGGCUAGUUAGUGAAUAAAUAUUCUCGUUCAU